AUGGACUCUAUUCUUGGUCUCGGCGACAAGCUGGGUCGCAUGGCCGACUGGACCACCGAGGGCAAGGACCGUGAAGGCAGAGGAGGCAGACAACAAUACGGCCGCAACUUUAGAGGUGAGGAAGAUUUGGAACGANACCAGCCCUACGGCGCCGGCGCAGGUCUCCAAACCGCUCUCAACAUCGAGGGCAUCGGCGAGGAAGCUAGCUUCUCCAUUGUCGACAAUUCGCGCACUGCUGCUCGCCGCACUUUCGGCCGUGGCGGUGGCACCGUUUUCCGUGGCCGCGGUGGUGCUCGUGGUGGCGCUGCUCAGCGCGGAGGACGUGGUGGCACUUUCCAGCGCGUUGGAGGUGGCAGACCCGGACAACAGCAAUACGACAACCGUGGUGCACAGCGUGGAGGCCGUGGUGGCCGUAGAGGAGGCUGGAAGGACUGGGACAAGCCGCAGCGCACUCGCGAGGCUUCGGUCCAGCCUCGCGAUACCUGGAAGCUGCUUGAGGAGAUCGACUUCAACCGUCUCAUCAAGCUGAACCUGGACACUGGCGACGGCGAGGAUGUCGAGGACUACGGAUUCCUCUAUUACUACGACCGCCAGUUCGACAAGCAGCCCGGUGCUCCCACCUCUUUCCGCAAGCUCAACGUUGUUGAGCGCGCCGCCUACAAUGUCACAACCUCUCACGACCCCAUCAUCCAGGAUCUGGCCUCAAAGGACGCCGCUUCCAUCUUCACCACCAGCGAUAUCCUGUCCAUGUUGAUGUGCGCUCCCCGCUCCGUCUACUCAUGGGACUUGAUCAUCACCAGACAAGGAAACAAGGUCUUUAUCGACAAGCGUGAGGGCAGCAAUGUCGACCGUGUCACUGUCAACGAGAACGCCGCCGACGCACCGCUCGAGACUUCCGAGGGCACCAAGGACACCAUCAACAACGUUGGUGCCCUCAUGGAGGAGGCCACCCACAUCAACCACGUCUUCCCCAUCCAGACCGCCUACAAGUACCGCAAGUUCGACCUUUCGCUCGAGGCCGACGAGCAGCCACUACACAUCAUUGUCCGUACCGAGCUCGACGCCGUUGUCAAGAACGCCAUCUCUGGCGAGGACCAAUACCUCACCAUCAAGGCUCUCAACGAGUUUGACAACAAGGCCAUCGGCAGUGGUGGUGCUCUUGACUGGCGCACCAAGCUGGCUUCGCAGCGUGGUGCCGUUGUUGCUACCGAGAUGAAGAACAACAGCUGCAAGCUCGCCCGCUGGGCUACCCAGGCCAUUCUCGCAAAGGCCGACCAGAUGAAGAUUGGAAGAAAAACAACCGCAAACGACCACGUCAUCCUUGGUGUUCUCGGCUACAAGCCCCGUGAGUUCGCUGCUCAGAUGAACUUGAACCUCAACAACGGUUGGGCCAUUGUCCGCACCUUUGUCGACAUGGUCAUGUCGCAAGACGAGGAGGAGGCCAAGUUUGUGCUCGUCAAGGACCCCAACAAGCCUACCAUCCGCCUUUACAACGUUCCUCGCGACACCUUCGAGGAGGAAGAGGAGAUGGCCGGUAUUGACGAGGAGUAA